ACCGGGCGAUAUCUGCGACACGGAACACCGACCGGACAGCCUACUUGUUCCGAGAUUCAAUGGCGCCCCUCAUCACAGCGCGUUGCAGUGCCGGUCGACCAUCGCUGCUCUGGCUGCUGAUCGUUUGCCUGCUCAAUGACACCGUCAGUGGUAAUGUGGCCACCGGGAGGAAUGAAGUGGAGAGUGCCGUGCAAAUUCAAACACAGAAGAACAACCCGUUCAUCGAAUGGCUCGCGGGACUGAUCGGCAGCCCGGCUCCACCGCCAACGGAGCCACUUACCCCGCCCGAAUCGUGCCCGAUGUGCAAGUGUGGCCGGACCAACCGUUUGACGCGAAUCGUUGGCGGUAUGGAAACGAAAGUCAACCAGUACCCGUGGAUGGCGCUACUAAAGUACGGCGGUACGUUCUACUGCGGCGGAUCACUGAUCAGCGAUCGACACGUCCUAACGGCAGCGCACUGUGUGCACGGCUUCAAUUCCGAAAAGAUCACCGUCGUGAUGAUGGAGCACGACCGUAUCCUGACGACGGAAUCGAAGUUGCUGACGGCCAAAGUGAAGCGAGUGAUCGAGCACAGCGGGUACAACUCGAACAACUACAACAGCGACAUCGCCAUCCUGCUGCUAGGUAGUGUGAUGGAAAUCGACGACAGACUGUGUCCGGUUUGUCUGCCGACGAAGAAGAAACCUUUCUCCGGCUACGACGGUAUCGUCACCGGAUGGGGAGCCACGUCGGAAAAUGGGCCCAUCUCCACCAACCUGCAGGAGGUCACGGUACCGAUCAUGUCGAACGCCGACUGCCGCAAAACGGGCUACGGACCGACGCGGAUCACCGACAACAUGAUGUGCGCCGGGUACAGCGAGGGCAAGAAGGACUCCUGCCAGGGUGACAGCGGUGGCCCGCUGCACGUGAUAAAGCAAAACAGCACCGACAACAUCCAUCAGAUCGCCGGCAUCGUGUCGUGGGGCGAGGGCUGCGCCAAGCCCAACUACCCCGGGGUGUACACGAGGGUGAACCGCUUUGGGUCGUGGAUCCGCAACAACACCGUCGACGGGUGCUACUGCGACGAAGACUAG